CUUCAGCACCGCCCGCGCCCGCAGAGCGGCAGGACCAUAGCGCCGGGCCCUCGCGUCCCCUCAGCUCCGCCGCUGCGUUCUGCCGUCCCGAAGCCCCAUGGCGGGGCCCGUGCCGCGGGGGCGCCUCGCCCCGCGCUGCGUGACACUGCUGCUGCUGCUGCCCCCAUUGCUACCCGCCGCCCCGGCUCCGGAGGGGCCGUCGUGCCACGGCGCUUUCGACAUGUACUUCGUGCUGGACAAAUCUGGAAGUGUAGCACAGAACUGGCACGAAAUAUUUGAUUUUGUAAACCAACUGACAGAAAGAUUUGUGAGCCCCAAGAUGAGAUUAUCAUUUAUCGUGUUUUCCACCCAGGCACACGUCAUUAUGCCAUUAACUGGAGACAGAGAGAAAAUCAAGAAAGGUCUCAAGGAUUUGGAAGAGGUAAAACCAGCAGGUGAUACAUACAUACAUGAAGGAUUAAAACAGGCCAAUGUGCAAAUUGCGAAGCAAGGAGCCUCAAGGUUUUCUAGUAUCAUCAUUGCAUUGACAGAUGGCAAACUAGAUGGUCAGAUUCCCUUGUAUGCAGAGAAAGAGGCAAAGAAAUCCAGAGAACUGGGAGCUAGAGUGUACUGUGUUGGCGUCCUUGGUUUUGUACAAGAACAGCUUGAAAAAAUUGCUGACACGAAAGAGCAAGUCUUCCCUGUCACUGGAGGAUUCCAAGCACUUAAGGGGAUAAUCAAUUCUGUUUUGAAGCAAUCAUGCACUGAGAUUUUGUAUUUGGAGCCAUCCAGUGUCUGUGUGGGAGAGGAGUUUCAGGUUGUUCUUAGAGGAAGCGCUUUAACCCUUGGUGGAAAAACUGAUGGUGUAACUUGUACCUAUAAAUUGAAUGGAACUACAAUUCAUGAAAAACCAAAAACGGUGGAAUCUGAAUUUUUGCUCUGCCCUGCACCAAUCUUAUACAAAAGCAGCCAAACUCUAGAAGUUUUGGUGAGUUUGAAUGAAGGGCAGUCAUUCUUGUCCAGCUCAUUAACAAUCACCGCUUCAGAAUGUUCUAGUGGAAUAGCAGCACUUAUUGCUGUUCUUGUGCUGUUAUUGUUGGCAGCACUCGGUCUACUCUGGUGGUUCUGGCCCCUCUGCUGCAAAGUGGUCAUCAAAGAUCCACCUCCACCUCCGCCACCUCCAAAAGAGGAAGAAGAACAAGACCCCUUGCCAACCAAGAAAUGGCCUACAGUGGAUGCUUCCUACUAUGGUGGACGAGGAGUUGGAGGAAUUAAACGGAUGGAGGUUCGCUGGGGUGAUAAAGGUUCCACUGAAGAAGGAGCUAGAUUAGAAAAAGCAAAAAAUGCUGUGGUGAAACUUCCAGAAGAACCAGAAGAACCUUUUCAUCCUAAACCACCUAAACCAAAGCCUACCUCACCAGCCAUUCAGGAGAAGUGGUAUACACCAAUUAAGGGUCGACUUGAUGCACUGUGGGCGCUGUUACGAAGACAGUAUGACAGAGUCUCUUUGAUGCGACCACAGCAAGGAGAUGAGAGGACCUCCUUCAAGAGAAUGAAGAUGAUUUGGCUUUUUUUAGUCACUGAAAAUUGUUGAAAUGUGUACAGAAAUAACAAGAGAAUGAUUACCGUGGCUACUUUGAAGCAGUGCACUUUAUGGUUUAAAAGUUUUAAAAAUCAAACUGCACCUAGCAAGAAGUCGCAUUACAAUGUAAAACUCAGUUCACUGAAGCUCCUUGUUAAAUGAUAGUAUGGUAUAGCAAUAUUUUAGUAGAACAUGGAAAUUAUUAUGCUAAAGAAAAUUGUUGACUGAGAAUUUGAAAAAGAAACUUCAGUAUCAUUCAUAUAGCAAAGUUUAUGUUUAUAUUGGAUCUUCUAAAUUCCUGCAAUGGUAAAGAAGACGCAAAACUAGCUAGGAAGUAUGAAAGAUUAAAAAGGAGUUAAAGAGCAUCUCCUUUCCUUAAGUGUUUUCUGCCAAAAUAUUCCUUCUGCCAUUUCUUCCAGUGGGAAUUUGUCUGUAUAGACCUGAGAGUUAAAAGCUAAACUGGAGCCGAAGUUUUUCUUAAAACUUCCAGAACAGACCCAUAUUACCAUUACAGUUAUUAAGUUCACUGUUACAGAAAGUGGAAGAAAACAUUUAAGAGUAUUCAUUUCAUAGAAUAGAAUCAUCGACUAGUUUGGGUUGGAAAGGACCUUCAAAGCUCAUCUAGUCCAACCCCUGCCAUGAGCAGGGACAUCUUCAACCAGAUCAGGCUGGUCAGAGCCCUGUCUAGCCUGGCCUAUUCAGACUGAAUUCAGAGGUCAGUCUCCAAGAGAAAGCAAUGCAUCCUGGUGAGUGAAGCACUGAACAAGACUUCAGAAAAACAACUGUCCCUUGGCCUCCCUGAAAAAGUAUUUUUUUGGAGAGCAUACUUGCCCCUUUUGUUAAAAUGGCAACUGAUAGCAAAGAACCAAGCAUGAUUAUGAGCUUACUGGAAUUUUCUUGUGCUGAUGACCCAGAUGAAUAUUCUGCAAUUAAAACACGGUACUUAAAACAUGUCAGUAGUAGUGAUUCCUCCAAAAGGAUGCUCAUCGUAAAUGGGUAUCACAGUUUCACUUUGUUAAAACUGGAUUGCAGGCUGACAUCCAGGAGGGUCCAGCCUGUCUAUCUCUCACGUGCUCCAUCCUACCUAGAGUGGUUAUGUGAAGUAAUAUCUUAAUAGUUAGAUUUGCUAGCUGUCAAUCAAUGAACGCAGUAAUCAUCUUUAUUAAAAGAUGACGUUGCUCUGAUGUAAUGAGAAAUAAAGAUAUUUUCCCACCUAGGUAGGCAGUCACUUCUGGCACUCCUUCCCUUUGUGCAGAUGAGCACUGUUCCUCUCUUUAAAAUAAGCCUUCAGAAUUCGUAAAUGUGAACACUUGUAUGAAUGAAAUAAAUCUACUUGUCAGUGUUAAGGUUAUGACAUUUUUACCAAUUUGACUGUUACUCCCAGAGUCUAAAAGACCUUGUGCAUGUCCUUGGAGGCAGUUCCAUGCUGCUAAGCAUGGUUCUUCACCUGUAGUGUUGCCAUUGCUGAUACCCUGUUUUCCUGAAAAUAAGACAGGGUCUUACAUUAAUUUUUGCUCCAAAACUUGCUACUUUUUUACAUGUAUAGCUACCUGGACACUAUUUAAAUUGAUUUGUUUAUGAACUGUAACUAGGGCUUAUUUUUGAAGUAGGGCUCAUGUUUCGAGCAUCAUCAAAAAUUCUGAAAAAUCAUGCGAGGGCUCAUUUUUGGGGAAAUGGGGUAGAAAACAGAAGGCUAUAUAGUUGGGUCAUGGUCCUGAUGGAAGUACUGUCAUGCCAGCAUAGAAUGUACUUUUUGUGAAGCAAUGAUACACUUUAAAAGAGCAUUUUAAAAAGCUGAGUUGCCAGGAGAGUGUGCAGCCAGAAGAAUUCUUGCUUUAUUAGUUUACAAAUAGCUAUCUGAAAGAUGAGUGCCUUAGACCUCCUAAAAUGCAACAAAUAAACCAUACCUGCCAUCAUGGUAACCUCACCUUUGCUGGCAAUGGAGAUAAUGCCUAUUAAGAAUGGAAAAGUCAGUCUUUUCUGGGUGGAGUAUGAAUUUGCUAUAGCUGUCAAGUACCAUCCCUGCUACCCUAAAGAGCAUUACAAUUCUUCCCCCAGUCCCAAGCUGUACUAAAAAGAAAACAUUUCAUUUGGCAGUUCAUUUUUUUUUCAAUAACUGUUUCUUUCACUGGGCAUGAUUCAAAAGGGAAAAAAACAAAUUUGUUUUCUUAAUUCUGCAAAGCAUAUUUUUAUGGCAUGGUUUGCAGUAACACCAGUUAUAUCACUACCUGGCUUCCAGUGAAAAGAGGGCAGUAUAUAGCUAACCAAACCCAGCUAUAAAACACAGCUCCUAGCUUGGGCACAGCCCUUAUGUACAGGGAAGGCCGAUGUAGUUUAUGUUAAUGUCGAGUAUCUCAUUAGUCCGGUUUACAGAGAGACCGACUACCUUCAAGAAGCAGCAAGAAGCAAGCUGACAGGUUAAUUCGGUCACUGCUUUCCAGAAGAGACGUGACAGCUUUAACUGUCUUGGGCACCCAGAUUUAUGAACUAGUCCUGUGCUCCUAACCAGAUUAGUUCCUUUUCCAUUAACUGCUGAAAGUAGGGCAGCUGUCCGAGCGGCUGGUUGUAAAUUCAAUAAUGUCUGCUGUGUUAAUCUGUAGGCUUUUCAGAUGAAGAAAGCAGCAGAUAACAGGAUUAAAGUUUCACAACCCAGGGUUUUCACAGCCCGAGAUGCGGGUGGAAGGGCAUAGAGAAUGACUUCUGUCAUUAAUCUUAAAUUGAUUGCCAAGAGGUUUUAAUCUGGGUUAUUAAUUAGGAAGGUCCUUAACACACUGUCUACAUAUCAACAUCAGAUGCUCUUUUGGGACUUCUGGGACAUAUGGCCUAUCUUAUAUUUACAUUCACACAAUUUACACAUACAUACAUUUCUGUAUGAAAAACUCUUAUAUGUAUAUAUGCAUACAAAUAGCUGCAUGCACAGAGGCAUCACACACUCUUUAACAAAAUGUGAUGAAAAUGAAACACAGCACAUGGGUUAAAUUUCCACAUAAUAAACAUAUAUACCUCUA